AUGGACGAGGAUGAAGGACAACAUCACGACGACAACUUAACUUGCUUGCAGCGCAUGUCACCUGGUCCACGAUGCACAGCCCAAGUCUGCCAGUCGCACGCUGCUGAGAUUAAAGGCGUCCUGCGUCGAGACAGAGCCAUCGACGAUCAAAGCGUGCAGGAACGUGUGGCUCGGGCAGCAGUCCGUCGUCACGCCCACGACGUAACGGGGUCUUUGACGGACGUCGGACAUGUGUGCCUGUCACCUGCAUGA